GAGGCAAAGCAGAAGACUGAAUAUUUCCCCGUUUUUGUCCCCUCCAGCUGUCGCCAUGCCGGAACACCAUGAUUCCAGCCUGCCCCCCGAGAACAGGAUCCGGGCUCUUGUUGCAUUGGGAACGACUGUGGAGGUUAAAGACGACAUCCCCCUGAAGCGCUAUUACAGAUCUGGCGUGGAGAUAAUCCGGAUGGCCAAUGUCUACGCGAGCGAGGGGAAUGCAGAACACGCGUUUAUUUUAUACAACAAGUAUAUAACACUAUUUCUAGAACAGCUUCCAAAACAUCGGGAAUACAAAACCACAAUCGUCCCAGAGAAAAAGGAUACGCUUAAGAAACUCAAGGAGGUGGCCUUCCCCAAAGCAGAACAGCUCAAGGCGGAACUUCAUAAGAAAUACAGCAAAGAGUAUGCCGAGUACACAGAGAAAAAGAGGAUAGAGGAGGAGGAGUAUUCCCGCCGCUUGGCUUUACAACAACAGCUGGAAACUGAGAAACAGCGGGUGGCUCGCAUGAAAAAGCAGCAAGAGGAGCAAGAACAGCUCAACGCCUUCGAGGAAAUGAUCCGUAGGAAGGAACUGGAAGCAGAGCGACUACGAGUCCUGCACCAGUUUGCACAGGACAACUCCAACAAUCCAGAAGGGCCUCUUAUUGCCGGGGUGAACGAGCCCCCAAUCCCUACACCUCUGCCCGCCACUGACGCUGUCUUGCCCAAACCACCUGCUGUAGACAGAACGCUGAAGCCAACUUCCAUAGACCAGAAUGAGGGAUAUGUGCCCACUAGGGGGCUGCGCCACGUGAGGAUUCCUCGGGAUGUGUGCUGGAAGUUCUUGCAUCUGGCAGAAAGUAACACGCAGCGAGGAGUGGAGACCUGCGGGAUCCUGUGCGGGAAACUGAUGCAAAAUCAGUUCACUAUCACACACGUCAUUGUGCCAAAACAGUCCGGAGGGCCUGAUUACUGCAACACAGAGAACGAGGAGGAGCUCUUCCUGAUACAGGACCAGCAUGGGUUGAUCACGCUAGGCUGGAUACACACUCAUCCCACUCAGACUGCCUUUCUGUCCAGCGUGGACCUGCAUACCCACUGCUCCUACCAAAUGAUGCUCCCGGAGUCCAUUGCUAUUGUCUGUUCUCCCAAAUUCAACGAAACGGGAUUCUUCCAACUGACAGAGCAUGGCAUGGUAGAUAUUGGAGAAUGUCGACAGAACGGGUUUCACCCCCAUUGCAAGGACCCACCUCUAUUUUGUGCCAGCAGCCACAUUUCCGUUUGUGAGCUUGACGUCGCAGUAAUGGACCUGCGAUAAUUCACCCCCCCCACGGCUACACCGACAGCACCCGUCGACCCCUCUCCUGACCCUGUGACUCUCCAGAUUGCCAUUAAUAUCACUGCAAAGAACUGUAAAUAGGUAGUGACUUUGCAGGAUCUCAACGAUUUGUUCAUCGAACAGUGUAGAUAAAUAGUGUUGUUUUAUGGUGGAAGGAGGUGAGAUUGCACACUCCUCUGGAGCAAACAUCAGGGUGCACGGGAUUCUUGGCUCAUGGCCAUUAAAUCCGAAGCACAGCACUGUUGGCAACCCAUAGCGUAAGAUUACCUCUCCGGUUGUGGUCGGCGCCAGGAGAUCUGACCGCUGCAUGAUAACAUUCUUUUCUCCGUGUGCUUUAUAAAAUAAAGCAAUGUUAAUUCCACACACUACUCGCUGUAAAACAGCCAUAGACCUUAAAGUACAGAUAAAAGAUAAAGAAUUGAUUUAUUUUUUUCAAUCUCAGAGGGAGAUUUAUAAAUAUUUACUACCUGGAUAAUGUAACCUUCUGUGUUAUGUGUACCAUAUUAUUGAAAACACGGGUUUAUAGUAUUACUGUAUCUACCCUUUGCCAGCAUUCACAGAUUAAACAAUGUGGGCUGUGCCACCUAAUUCUUUACAUUAGUCGGUAAAGCAGAAGAAA